CCCCCAGUUCAGUAAUAAGUUACUGAACAGAGGAAAAAUGGGGAAAAGCAUGGGAAUAUGGAGCUCUAUCUAUUUUCUCUUGAUAGUGCUUCCCUGUCUCCAGGCACAAGGAAUAUAUUCCUUUAUUUCACCCAUCUUAAAUCCCAUUUUCACAAGCAGUUCCUCUGCCCAUAAUGGAUACGUUUGCAGUACAUGGGGGAAUAACUAUUUCAAGGCUUUAGAUGGCGAUAUUUUCUACUUCCCUGGACAAUGCAACUACUUGUUUGCCUCAAACUGUAAAAGCGUCACUGAGGAUUUUAACAUCCAAAUCAGGCGUUCUAUUGUGAAUGGCCUACCUACAGUGAGCCACAUCGGUUUGAAGAUUGAAGGAGUAUUUAUUGAAUUGACAAAAGAUACCGUUAAAUUCAGUGACCAAGUGGUGUCUCUGCCAUACAGUCUUUCAGGAAUUCAGAUUGAUAGAAUUGGAGCAUAUAUCAGAAUAAUUUCCAAAGUGGGCCUGGAAUUUAAGUGGAAUGAAGAUGAUGCUGCAAUGUUGGAACUGGAUCAGAAAUAUCAGAACCAAACUUGUGGUCUUUGUGGGGACUUUAAUGGAGAUCCAGUUUACAAUGAAUUCAUUUUUGACAAUGUCAAGUUAACUGAUAAUCAGUAUGGAAAUCUGCAGAAGAGGAAUGGUCCAACUGAAACAUGUGCAGAUGUGCUAGAGGUUCCUCAGAACAACUGUACUGAUUUGAGAAUGACCAUUUCCCAGACACAAGUUGUUGGUAAUGAACCGAAGACUUGCAAUUUUGUAUCUCGUAGUACUCUACUUGCUUUUGGAGCAUUGUCCAAUGCGUCAGAUUCCAACUGUAUUGCUUUGAACAGUUAA